CCUGGCGGUGGAUGAGCAGGAAGCGGCGGCCGAGUCGUUGAGCAACUUGCAUCUUAAGGAAGAGAAAAUCAAACCAGAUGCCAAUGGCCUUUACAUUUCUAGUGUCUCGUAGAAUUUGAAUUGUCUCAGCUGUUGGGUAUGGGAUGUGAUUUUGAAUGACAGCCACUUUAUGUCUGAUAAAGGUGCUGUCGUCAAGACCAAUGCUAAUGCAGAGAAGACAGAUGAAGAAGAGAAAGAGGACAGAGCUGCCCAGUCCUUACUCAACAAGCUCAUCAGAAACAACCUUGUCGAUAAUACAAACCAAGUGGAAGUCUUGCAACGGGAUCCAAACUCCCCUCUCUACUCAGUGAAGUCUUUUGAGGAGCUUCGGUUGAAACCACAGCUUCUCCAGGGAGUCUAUGCCAUGGGUUUCAACCGUCCAUCCAAGAUACAAGAGAAUGCAUUGCCUUUGAUGCUUGCUGAGCCCCCACAGAACUUAAUUGCCCAGUCUCAGUCUGGUACUGGUAAAACAGCUGCCUUUGUAUUGGCCAUGCUCAGCCAUGUAGAACCGGCAAACAGAUACCCCCAGUGUCUGUGCCUUUCCCCAACAUAUGAGCUUGCCCUUCAAACGGGAAAAGUGAUUGAGCAGAUGGGCAAAUUUUACCCUGAGCUGAAGCUAGCUUAUGCUGUUCGAGGCAAUAAAUUGGAAAGAGGUCAGAAGAUCAGUGAGCACAUUGUCAUUGGCACCCCUGGGACUGUCUUAGACUGGUGUGCCAAGCUCAAGUUCAUUGACCCCAAGAAGAUCAAGGUGUUUGUUCUGGAUGAGGCUGAUGUGAUGAUAGCUACUCAGGGCCACCAAGAUCAGAGUAUCCGCAUCCAAAGGAUGCUGCCCAGGAACUGCCAGAUGCUGCUUUUCUCUGCCACUUUUGAAGACUCUGUCUGGAAAUUUGCCCAGAAAGUGGUUCCAGACCCAAACAUUAUCAAACUGAAACGUGAGGAGGAGACAUUGGACACCAUCAAGCAGUAUUACGUCCUGUGCAGUAACAGAGACGAGAAGUUCCAGGCCUUGUGUAACCUCUACGGGGCCAUCACCAUUGCUCAAGCCAUGAUCUUCUGCCAUACCCGAAAAACAGCCAGUUGGCUGGCAGCAGAGCUCUCAAAAGAAGGCCACCAGGUGGCUCUGCUGAGUGGUGAAAUGAUGGUGGAGCAGAGGGCUGCGGUGAUUGAGCGCUUCCGAGAGGGCAAAGAGAAGGUUCUGGUGACCACCAACGUGUGUGCCCGUGGUAUCGAUGUUGAACAGGUUUCUGUUGUCAUCAACUUUGACCUUCCCGUGGACAAGGAUGGGAACCCAGACAAUGAGACUUACCUGCACCGGAUCGGGCGCACUGGCCGCUUUGGCAAGAGGGGCCUAGCAGUGAACAUGGUUGACAGCAAGCACAGCAUGAACAUCCUCAACAGAAUCCAGGAGCAUUUUAAUAAGAAAAUAGAAAGAUUGGACACGGAUGAUUUGGAUGAGAUUGAGAAAAUAGCCAACUGAAAAGCUCCACCAGUCACUGGUGCCCAACUUUUGAAGCUCCCCCUACAUGGGAGAAUAGUGCUUUCAAGUACAGGCCUCAACAGUCGCCACAAAGAUGAAGGCAUGAGUAGAGAGAAACUACCUACCUCAUUUUAAAUUACGUUUGGACUUGACAAAAAUUGUGCAAAUGAUGGGGGAAGGUAGAAAAAUUUGUUUACACAACUUUUGGAAGAUUAGGCGUGAAUACACAGAAAUUUACCUUUUGGAAAUUCCGUCUUUUUUUUCCCCAUUGUUACACUAAUCUAGAUGCUGUGGCUAAAUAUUCACUUGCUCAGGAUGUAUCUGGCAGCCCCUGCCUUUUUUCUGGAUGGGAGUGUUCAGGCCAAUCCCAGCCCUAGUAGAAGUGAAGAGGGAACAGAGAGAGAGAGGGGCCCCAAGUAGGAUAGGUGUGUAAGCCACCCAUCAUGUUUGGAGUAAGAAGUGAGGCAGUAGAGGAGACCUGUGAGCUGCUGCUUUGGAUUUAGGGUAGGACAGCUCAUCUGAGUGUUGUCAGCCCACUCUGUCCUGAUGCUCACAGCAGGAAGGGAUUUGCUAAGCACAAACCAAAAUGCUAAGCACCGACCAAAAUGCCAACCUGGGAUCUUUACUGUAUGCAAGUUUGUGUUGCAGGACCAUGACCUGUUCUCUCAGCAUGUGUAAUCUGUGUGCUCUGCACUUCUGAUUACUUGUAGGUUCAUUGCUUAUGCUUCAGCAAGUCCUGUGAAGUCAUUGCAGAGAAUUAGUGGUGGCUCUAGCUUGCCAUAAAACCUGGUCUCGCAGGCACUUGCAGCAUCUUUUUUACAUCCUGAACAUCACCUUGACCCCUUAGUAGCCCAAGCAAAUAAAAGAUGAUCCAAGGUUUGGAUCCUCAAUGAAAGAUGUGGCUUCAAGUCACAAAUGGCCAGCCUCAAGGCAGCUCCCGAAGUGAUCCACAGUAGUCACAAAUCCUUGCUUUGUCUUCAGUUCCCAGAAGGCAAGUUUUAUAAGAGCUAGUGAAUGAGUUCAGAUAUUUAGCAUCUUGAUUGUAAAGGGAUACUGAAUAUCUGCCUUCAGUGCUUGGAAUACAAACAAGUACAACUAAGGGACUAGGUGGACUACAACCAUUCAUCUGUGCAAGGCAGGAGUAAUUGCCAAGAUCUUUACUCCAUCCUUACUUGGCAUCUUUGUGCAGAGUAGUCAGAGCAAAUAAUAAUAAUAAACAUUUCCUCAUACUUGGCCAAGGCUCUUGGUACCCAUGAAGUGACAGAGCAAAGAUGAGAUAAAACUGAGUUGCAAGAGCAAUAGGAGUCCAGCCAAAAGGGGUCCUCUUCUGCUCUUUGACUUUGAUACAGAAUGGCCAUUUUACCUAGGACCAGGCUUGGAAGAGGGGUUUUCUGUGAUGAGAACUACUCUAAUCCCAGACCUUCCUUGUAGGUGUUUCUGUGUUUUAGGGCUACAUCUGUCUCCUGGGAAAGGAAGGGGCCACUACCAGCUUCUAGGUGGUUACCUUAAUCUGACAUUACAGAUAACUGCAGAGGGACUGACAUGGUCAAUCCUGCUACAUUCCUCCAGUGGGUACUUGACUGUAUAGAAUCUUCUCUAUGCUUCUGGCCAACUCUGACCCACCUUGGGAGUCUUACAACAGAAGAAAUUUGAAUCCUCCCUCCUGAAGUCCUGAGGACCAACCAUGAAAUAACUUAAAAACAAAGGCAAUAAUGAAAGGACUAUAGACUCCUCACAAGGCUGCAGGCCAAGUACACCAUCACCUUCUCACAACACAUAUAACCCAUCUACUGAGUAGCCCUAAAUCUGGGCAGGAAAAUGGGAAGGAAUGUGCUUCAGACUCUUCAGUAGUAGGAGUAAAUGGGUAUCUGGUAGAAAUCUAUAUUAACAGUUCUCAAUCUAGGGGCUUGGACCCCUAAGAAUUCACUGGAUGGGUUUUGUGGAGUCUGAAGUAUAUGCAGUAUUUUGAGUUUAAGUGCAUUUUCCAGGGAGAGACUCCCAAAGGAGUGUGUUUUAAAAAGGUAAGACUUGCUCUAGCCAGUUUGGUUUGGUGAUUAGAGCGUUGGCCUGUGGACUGAAGGGUCCCGGGUUCCAUUCCAGCCAAGGGCACUACCUCGGUUGCAGGCUGCACCCCAGUCCGGGCGAGAACGGGAGGCAACCAAUUGAUGUGUCUCUCUCACAUCAGUGUUUCUCUCCUUUCCACUCUCUCUGAAAAGCAAUGGAAAAAAUAUCCUUGGGUGAGCAUUAAAAAAAAAAAAGGUAAGACUCACUGUUAUGGAUGGCUCUGGAAUGUCACCCAGUGUUACUACAGUCCAUAUUCCUUCAUAGUCCACAUUCAUUGCUACCAGUGGUUGGCCCCCAGGGUUCAAUGGACCACAGCUGCCUCUUGGACCUUGUUCAGUUUUGAGACAUCAGUGAUGUAAAAAUGUAUUGAGCCCUUGGUGAACUUCAGUCCUCAGAAUUUCUUUUACUGUUUUUUAGUACGUUCCUAUAUAUGGAAUGAUAAACUGUGCCCUAGAACAGAGAAAUUCACUUGGGAAAAGGAGAUGUUGAUCUAAUGGAAGAUUCUGGAUAUGUUCAUUAUCCAUAAAUAAUGGAUUUUAUUGGUUCUUUUGAGUGUCAUUCAUUGGCUGUAUGCAUAAGAACGAAUCAACUAUUGAUGUUUACUAAUAUUAACUGAACUUAAUUGUGAUGUGUUCAUGUUACUAAGAUAUCAUUAAUGACUAUAAGAAGAAAA